AUGCAUAAAGGACCAAACUUGCAACAAGACCUGCAACAUCUGAUUAUGAAGUGGAGGCAGUACCAAUAUGCCUACACGGCCGAUAUUGAAAAAAUGUAUCGACAGAUAAUGAUACAUUCUGAAGACCAAUCUUACCAAAAAAUAUUGUGGAGAGAUUCAGAGAACCAACCAUUGCGUAUUUAUCAACUAACGACCUUGACCUUCGGUUUCAAGGUCGCGCCCUACAUCGCCAUGCAGUGUCUCAAAAGGCUCGCUGAGGAGGAGAAAGAACAAUAUCCCGACGCGGCAAGAGCAUUAGACCAGGACUUCUACAUGGACGAUUAUUGUGGAGGAAGCCAUACCAUUCCUAAAGCAAACCAAUUAAGACGUGAUUUAGUAGAAUUGUUAGCCAAAAGUGGAUUUAACCUACGAAAAUGGACUGCGAAUGAUCCUAGAAUUCUGGAAAAUUCACAGACCACCACCAACCAAGAAGAAGAAACAUUUGAAUUUAAAGUACAGUCGGACUCGACCAAAACCUUGGGUCUCGGCUGGAAACCAACCAUUGAUAAAUUCUACUUUAAAUCGACCAUAGAAAUGACAACAAAACCACCAACCAAACGAUCGUUGCUAUCGGAUAUAUCCAAACUGUUUGACCCACUCGGCUGGUUGACUCCGAUAAGCAUCAACAUGAAAAUAUUAUUUCAAACCGUAUGGUUGUCUGCCCUAGAUUGGAGUGACACCCUACCAGAAGACAUCGCUACCAAAUGGACCUCCCUAAGGCAAGACAUACAGUGUUGA